UACUUGCCCCGGUCACUGAACCGUGCGCGGUGGGAGGGGAAAAAAUGGCCGCUCGCGGAGCGACGCUCGCAACGAUGAACGACAACAACACAAACACAACCCCCUCGGAAUGUGACAGCUGACCCGAACCGACACCAGUACACACGCCGGCGGAUGGGUAUCGAGGCCGGCGGCGGGGGAGGACAGGAACGACAGCGUUUGUGUUUAAGUUAUAAUCUGAGGGAAAGAGGUGAGUUAGCUACCUUGCUAACGUUAGCCGCGCGCUAAACUGGAGCGGAACGAACCAGAAAAAAAUACAGAAACCAGACCAGAACAGUUGCUUUAUUGCUGCUAGAAUGAGCGGACCGGGUCAGGACAGCGAGCCUGAGGCUAAAGUGCUUCAUAUUAAACGUCUGUACAGGGCUGUGGUGGAAACGGUGCAUAAGUUGGAUGUUAUAAUCAGCAGCAAGUCGUCCUACAGGGAGGUUUUCAAACCUGAGAACAUCAGCUUGAGGAACAAAUUGCGGGAACUUUGUGUCAAGCUGAUGUUCCUGCAUCCGGUGGACUAUGGACGCAAGGCAGAAGAACUGCUGUGGAGAAAGGUCUACUAUGAGGUCAUUCAGGUCAUCAAGACCAACAAGAAGCAUAUUCAUAGUCGCAGUGCUUUGGAGUGUGCCUACAGGACCCAUUUGAUUGCUGGGGUGGGCUUCUUUCAACACCUGCUGCUCUACAUCCAGUCACAUUAUCAGCUGGAGCUACAGGACUGCAUCGACUGGACGCACGUCACUGACCCACUUAUUGGUCGUAAGAAACCGGUCUCAGCCAGCCCUAAGGAGAUGGAGUGGGCCCAGAUGGCUUGUCACAGGUGCCUUGUGUACUUGGGAGAUCUCGCGCGCUACCAGAAUGAACUGGCGGGAGUGGAAGCGGAGCAGCUGGCCGAACGCUUUUAUCACCAGGCCCUGUCUGUCGCUCCUCACGUCGGAAUGCCAUUUAAUCAGUUGGGUACAUUGGCUGGAAGUAAAUUUUAUAAUGUUGAAGCUACUUACUACUACUUGCGCUGUAUUCAGUCAGAGACUCCCUUUGAUGGUGCUUAUGGGAAUUUAAAGCGUCUUUUUGACAAGGCAGCCAAGAUGUACCAUCAGGUGAAGAAACAAGAGAUGAAGAAACUGUCACCAUCGCGCCAGAGGUGCAUUCCUUAUCUUUUUAAGAGACAUUUAAAGGGGUAGUUCACCCAAAUAAAAUGUGCUUUUUAUUUACUCAC